UUUACGGUCCCUGCUGUACCAGUCACGUGACGGACAACUAUGGCUUCCCUCUCGUAGUGAUGGAAGCGCAUCGGUAACAACAAAACACAAACUGAGACUUUAUUAAUUUAUUUGUCCGCCGACACAAGUUGGAUUUACGAUGCAGAAGAUCAAGUCUCUCAUGGCCCGGCAGGGCCUGAAAAGCCCCCAAGAGAGCAUGGCAGACCUCAGUCCUGUGGAGAACCUGAGGAUCCCGAGCAAGGAGGAGUUGCGGGAGCUGAGGGAGCAGCCCAUCGACCCACAGGCGGAGCAGGAGAUCAUCGACAGCAUCGAGGAAGUCUACUUCUCCAGCGACUCCUUUGACAUGGUGCAGCAUGAACUGGAGAAACUCCCACCUGAGCUGAACCUGCAGGAGCUGGAGGAGUAUAGAGACAAACUGAAGAGACAACAGGCAGCAGUUUCUAAAAAGGUCGCAGAUCUCAUUCUGGAGAAACAGCCUGCUUAUGUCAAGGAACUGGAGAGAGUGACAGCGUUACAGACUAACCUGCAGCUGGCAGCAGUCAUUUGCACUAAUGCAAGGAGACAACUGAGCGUGGCGAAGGAAGGCUUCACAGAGGCCAGCCUGGGUCUACUGGCCAAUCAGAGAAGACGACAACUGCUGACAGGCUUGCUCAAGUCUCUGAGGACCAUCAAGACGCUGCAAAGAACAGAUGUAAGACUCAGCGAGAUGCUUGAGGAGGAAGACUACCCAGGUGCGAUCCAGCUCUGUCUGGAGUGUCAGAAGGCUGCCAGCACCUUUAAACACUACAGCUGCAUCAGUGAAUUGAAUUCCAAACUACAAGACACUCUGGAGCAAAUAGAGGAGCAGCUUGAUGUCGCCCUGUCGAAGACUUGUAAGCACUUUGAUGUUUUGCACUACACCAAGGUCCAGCUGGCCUACACGCUCCUAGGCAAGACACAGACUGCUAUGGACCAGCUACACAUGCACUUCACCCAGGCCAUCCACAACACUGUGUUCCAAGUGGUGCUGGGAUAUGUGGAGUUAUGUGCUGGCAACGCUGACACCAAGUUUCAGAAGAUGCAGUACAAGGAUCUGUGCACACAUAUCACCUUGGACAGCUAUAUCCCCUGCUUGACGGAUCUGUGCAAGGCAUUGUGGGAGGUGAUGCUGAGCUACCACCGCACCAUGCAGUGGCACGAGGAGCAAGACAAACAGGAGAACACAGAUGAUGCGGCAGCAGCAGAGUCUGACGAGUUGGUGGUGGAUCGCAGCUACGUGAAGAAGAAACUGGAGCAUGGGCUGACACGCAUCUGGCAGGAUGUCCAGUUGAAGGUGAAGGCCUACAUUCUGGGGACGGACAUGUCCAACUUCAAAUACGAUGAUUUCAUAGUGGUGCUGGAUGUCAUCAGCAGGUUGAUGCAGGUGGGUGAGGAGUUCUGCGGUAGCAAGUCAGAGGUCCUGCAGGAGUCCAUCAAACGGCAGAGCAUCAACUACUUCAAAAACUAUCACAGGGCACGACUGGAAGAGCUGAGGAUGUUUCUGGAGAAUGAGACGUGGGAGCUGUGUCCUGUCAAGUCUAACUUUAACAUCGCCCAGCUCCAUGAGUUUAAGUUUAUGGGCCAGUGUCGCUCUCCGUCCGUUUCCCCGAGCAAACAGGCCGCGUCAUCGGCCGCCACCCCGACCCAGGAGGAGCUGUCUCUGUUCCAGCAGUACGUCCAGGAGGGAAACCCGUUUGAGAUGCACAUCGAGCACAAAGAGGAGGAGACAGAGGACGUGCUGGCAUCUAAUGGGUACGAGUCAGACGAACUGGAGAAGAGUGUGUAUCAGGAUUACGACAGUGACAGCGAUGUCCCAGAGGAGCUCAAGCAGGACUACGUGGACGAGCAGACGGGUGACGCCCCUCUGAAGAGCGUGUCCCGGGAGACCAUGAGAAGCAAGAGAAAGUCCGACUACAACCUUAAUAAAACUAAUGCACCAAUCCUCACCAACACCACCCUCAACGUCAUCCGGCUUGUUGGAAAGUACAUGCAGAUGAUGAACAUCCUGAAGCCGAUCGCCUUUGAUGUCAUCCACUGCGUGUCCCAGCUCUUUGACUACUACCUGUAUGCUGUAUAUACCUUCUUUGGACGCAAUGACAUGCCUGUCCCAAGCCCGUCUUUGCCCACUCAUGGUGGCAGAGAGGCGGGCCCUGCCAGGGUGGUGGGUCCUGCUUGCUUGUAUGAGUCAUCGGGUCUGGGCCUUAUCAGCAGCAGACUGAGAACCACACUGAACCGGAUCCAGGAGAGCCUCAUUGACAUGGAGGCAGUAGGGGAGAAUGCGGGAGUCCACGGCCCAGCAGAGGACAGGAAGGAGAAGGUGCCCAGCCCCCAUCUCAGCCAAAUGGUGGUCCUCACUAACAGCGGGACUCUGUAUGGGCUGGCACAGAGGGUGGUGGCUACUGAGUCUCUUGUGUUUCUGGCUGAACAGUUUGAGUCCCUCCAGUCCCACCUGGAUACAAUGAUGCCUGCAGCCAAGAAGCCUUUCCUGCAACAGUUUUAUUCCCAGACGGUGUCUACAGCCAGUGAACUGCGGAAACCAAUAUACUGGAUUGUGGCAGCCAAGGCCAUCGACUACGAGCAAAUGUUACUCAUGAUGGCCGGAGUUAAAUGGGACAUUAGGGAGAUAAUGUCACAGCACAAUGUAUAUGUGGACGUCCUGUUAAAGGAGUUUGAGCAAUUUAACAAGCGGCUGGGUGAUGUUUCCAGACAUGUGCGCAUCCCACUGCCUGUGUCCAACGUCCUGUGGGAGCACUGCAUCCGUCUGGCCAACAGGACUCUUGUCGAGGGCUAUGCUAAUGUGAAGAAAUGUAGCAACGAGGGCCGGGCCCUGAUGCAGCUGGACUUCCAACAGUUCCUCAUGAAGCUGGAGAAGCUAACCGACCUGCGACCCAUCCCCGACAAAGAGUUUGUUGAGACCUACAUCAAGGCUUAUUACCUGACAGAGAACGAUAUGGAGCAGUUUAUCAAGAAUCACAGGGAGUACUCCAUGAAGCAGCUAGCCAACUUGGUGAACGUUUGCCUGGGCUCACAUAUAAACAAGAAGGCUCGUCAGAAACUUCUGGCAGCCAUCGAUGACAUUGACAGACCCAAGAGAUAGACUGAUUCAGAGACCAGACCCUAAAUGUAUCAACCGAUCCACAGAGAUGGACACUCCAACAGAGGAACUUCCACAGUGUCGAAUGUCUUCAUGUUUUGUUUAGAAAUGUACAUACCAUUGUUGAGGUGUGUUCAACGAGCUGUACAGUAGUGGAGCUACUGUAUACAAAGUUUAUACAGCCAUUUAAAGUUAGCCAAAUGCUAACUCUCCAUUAGCAUUGUCUUUAUACGGUCAAAAACACAAAUUGCCACUUGUUGAAUACACCUCAUGACACAGUGGAUGGACGUAAAUACUAAAACUCUGUUUCACAUUCAAGCAUGCUGCAGUUACUCCCUGCAUAGACGUACUAUAACACAUGCUUUCACCAUUUCAUUCAACAAACUAGCAGCUUAUGACAGAAAAUUAGACCACUUCAUCGACCAUAAAGAACAGCUCUUGAGUUUGUUCUCCAGGUAAACUUCUACAAAUACAGGAUCUAAUGGUGUAAAAUGUGACGUGUGGUUUGAACAUGUGGCUGUUUAUGGCAUUCCAUCUGUUUUCACCAAAUAUGCUCAAUUGCUGACACAGCUUCUACCUUGAGAUUGAAGAAAAUUAGUGAAUAUUUAUGUGUUGCUAAAUUUAAUAGUGGCACAACGUUAAUCUUUGUAGUAAAUAUGUCCAAGAGAACAUUUUAAUGGUCAUACUAUCUGAAUGUUUUCCCUGUUGGAUAUACAGUACAGUGAAUCUGGGUUAUUGUUCACCUUAUUCAUUCAUUAUAAGUUAUCCCAGCCCAUGUGUUUGCUGUAUCUUAGUUCACUUCAGGGUAUUUGUUGUGCCUGACUGGAUGCUCUGUUUCUUUGUUUUGUUUCGUCUAUGAAUUGCAUAAAUCUAAUAUAAUGAUGAUUCUGAAAAUAAUAUGAAUUGCUGUAGUUAGCGUUAACAUAGUUAGAUUAUAUCUGCACCAGCUGCGUGUGUUUCUUCGCCAUCUGUCAUAUCUGAGGAGGAAAUGAUUUUAUUGUCCUGGGGUGAAUUUUUGGAAGUCUUUAUGAAAAAUGCUUAUCUCGGACUUCGGUCUCCGGGCCUUCUUGCUGAGCAGUGAAAUGUUGGCUUUUUUUUAAUCCAUUUUGUUGGUUUGUGCAGUCAGGCACUGAUGUGAUAUGUGAUAUCUCAUGAGUUAGUGGUUAAACUGUGUCAACUACCAGAGCUUUCCCUCAAGGCUUUAAGGUCCCUUCCCCAAGGCAUCUCCAUUAGUUUGACCUGCCGAGGGGGGCGGACAGAUUCAUGUGAAAAAGAAAAAAAAAGAUGAAAUUACAGUUUUUGAUGCAGCUUCAUAUGUAUUUUGUGUGCAACUAUUCCACAAAAAAUACUGUAAAUGUGAAUGUUUUGAACUAUGUCUGUAUUUAUUUCUUGCUUUGUGUCUUGUUUGGGUUUUUAUAUGAUAAUUGCUGGAAGUGUGCUGUCAUUUAUCACCUCUCAGUAUCAUAACUUAUCAACUGAAGCAAAUACAAAUAUUUAAACAUUGUCGAAAUUACAGUCAGGGUCAAGUGUACUAUAGUGAAAAUCAGUAAUCAGUGUUAGGAUUGUAGGUUGAUCCCAGAUGAUUCUAACAUAAUAAAUACACUAACAAUGGUCACUUAA